CACAUUCAGUCCAGGACUCUAUCACUGAUCGGUUUCUAUUGCGAUUGCACUACAAGAAUUUUUCAAGACCUCACAGCGUCCCAGAAUGCCAUCGUGCAAGUCUGGGUGUCUUUCGACAUUGCUUGGGGGUUUUAGGAAAGACAGACAUGCAGAGGAGGGAAGGCACGAGGCAGACGACCAAAAAGUCGAAGAGUAUGGCGAGAAAAGCCCUGCAAAAGGCUCUCCCAGCAAUGGCGCUACUGGCAACGAUAGUCAAACUACAGAAUUGCGACAAGAUGAUGGAUUACUUGCUACUGAUGACAAGACUACCAGUGACGCUGGUGGACGCCGUGGACAACAGGCCAUUAACCAGGCGGGUUUUUAUUCACAAAGCUCUCUGGGACAAGGCCUAUAAAAACCUCAAAAAUGACCCGGCAAAGGCAGAAUACGUUUCAAGGUAUGAGGAACUGCUUCAAAGGGUGUUUUUGAGCCAAUACACGGCCGCAAAAGUAGUCGAAACGAAUGAGUCUUCCCAGCACCUUGGAGAAGAGCAAAUGAAAAAGGUGGUCGAAGAAGGCCUUGCGAGAAUUGAGAAAUACAAGAAAGCUAUCGAGGAUUCGGAGAGCACUGUCAAUGUAAUCAAGCAGCUCAAGGCCAUUCUUGACAUUCCUCUGAAGAAUGUCUCUCAGACUGCGCUGCCGUGGGCCGUCAUCUCAUCAAGCGUUGAUAUAUUGCUCAAGCCAGUCAGCGUGGGAGCGGCUCUCUACAACGGCGUAGCUUAUGCGGUUUCUAGAAUCGAGUGGUACUCGAAAUUGACCAACAAACUUGUAUGUGAGGACAGCAUAAAAGAUGAUCAGUCGCUACACAGAAUACGAGAGGACAUAGCUGGGCGAAUCACGUCGUUGUAUGAGUCACUGCUGUUCUAUCAAAUCAAGAGCGUCUGUUUCUAUUACAAAAGGUAUCAGCUCCUAGUGUGGGCUCGCGGAUUGCUGGACCUGGACGAUUGGAGUGGCGAUCUCAAACACAUUCAAGAGGCAGAAGAUGCUCUUGCCAGGGAUUGCGCGCUUUUUGACAUGGAAUACAUGAAGGGUCAAAUGAGAGCGAUGAUCAUGGACACCGAGACAGCGGAAGACUCCCAGGAGUUUCAGAAGCGUCUGCAGGCUAUACGCCGCGUGGAUCCGCAGGCUACCGUAAAAACCAUCGAAAGCUUAAAAGAGAGUGUCAUGGAUGACCUAUAUACUUGGAUUUUUGAUACUGAGCAAUUCAAGGGCUUUAUGUGUUGGGAAGAGAACGGGCCUAGACGACUCUGGAUCAGUGGGCAGGCUGGAACUGGAAAGACAAUGCUUUCAAUAGGCACUAUAAAAGAACUGCAAACACGGGGUCUCAGGGAGCCAGAGCCCCCAACGAUCCUAUACUUCUUCUGCCAACACACCGAUGCAGACUUGAACAACGGGGUUGCAGUACUCCAAAGCCUGGUGUGGAUGCUUCUCCGACAACAGCCCCACCUAAGCUCACACCUUGAUGAGCAAUUCUCUCAUUCAGGACAGAAAUUCAUCAGUGAUUGCAAUUCAUUCGCUACGUGGUGUGAUCUGUUGACAGGUAUGCUGAUAGAUUCAGCUCGUGUCAUAAUUGCCGUCGACGCUCUUGAUGAAUGUGAGGAAGGUUCGCGCAGGCAACUAUUGCAAUUCAUGAACGGUAUCAUUACCAAGGAAAGAAUGUCCCAUGUCAAAUGGUUCAUUACCAGUCGGUUACUAUUGGAGAUUCCAGACAGCCGACCUGAGACAACACUACAAUACCAUAGGCUUCUGCUGCUGGAUGAUCAGAACCUCAUUCCCUGGAUAAACGCUUAUAUUGAUCGAAAGGUCCAGGUGCUUCGUGACAAAGCUCAGAACCAAGAGCGUGUUGACAGGCUGAAAGAUCAGUUACAUGACCGAGCCAGCAACACGUAUAUUUGGUUCUCUUUAAUGUUUGGGGAGAUAGAAAAUGCACCCGAGGCCCGGUGGCAGAAAAUCAUCGAAAAUACCCCACGUCAGCUGAAUGAGUUAUACGAGUCUCUGCUCAGACAACUGCCCUGGCCAGAAUGCAAAACCGUUCUAACUGUUGCAAUGGUGGCACGCCGACCCUUGUCCUUGUGGGAGAUGGAGCAACUUACAGGAAUGGAGACAGGUGUCAAUGCAGGAAGGGACUACGUCACGGGGUGUAGGUCGUUUCUGAGUAUCCGUGGCGAGAUGGUGUAUUUCAUCCACCAAUCUGCUCAAGACUGGCUACUGUUGAACAAGCACCAGCUUCGUGAUGGGCCUCCGCAAGACCCUAGUGUGUUUGAGAAGUGCAUCCACCGUGAUAUCUUUGAGAGGUCUUUCGAAGGAAUGUCAGAGACCCUGAAAGAAAACAUAUAUCAGCUUCCUCACUGUGGCGUCUUAUCUACCGAGGUGGAGACACCCUCACAAGAUCCACUCGCCGCUAUCCGCUACUCUUGUCAAUAUUGGGCUUACCACCUCAACGAAGCCGAAGUUAUGCAAGACGUCGGCAUGCUUGGUUUUCUCCGACGGCAUUUUCUUCAUUGGCUGGAGGCCUUAGCCUUGAUGAGAAUUGUACCAGAAGCAGUAGGAAUCAUUGAUAUGUUACGAUCAAUCCCGGCAUUGAAAUCUGAUCUUGAAAUACGCGAAUUUUUGCUGGAUGCAAAGCGGUUUGUCUGGAGGCACCAACAAACACUUAUGAUUGCACCACUUCAAGUCUACGUUGCGCUUAUGUUUACUCCAAAGACUAGCCUAGUGCGGAACUCAGGAGCACUCCCAGAAUGGAUCCUCCAGGGACCAGAUAUAGAAGAGAACUGGGGGUCUCUACUACAGACCUUCGAGCAUUCAUCAAGUGCGCUGUCUGUGACCUUGUCUCCCAGUGACCGAAUCAUUGCAGGCACAGAUGGAAAUAUGGUAAGAAUAUGGGAUGCAAGAACAGGCAUUUUGAUCAGAUGCCUCCUUGUUGAGGAGUAUGAUUUCAUUGAACCAUGGGACGCUGUUCAUUGGGUCCAUUUCACCUCAAACAGUCAACUGUUGCUCGCUUCUACAACGCAGAAAGUAUUUGUUUGGGAUACAGUUACGUGGGAAAUGUCACAUACAGUGGGGUGCACUGAUGACAUUGACUACAUUACAGUGUCUCCUAACAGCCUGUUACUUGCAUGCUUACACGGAGACGGAAGAAUAACUCUGUGGCAAAGGAACGGCACCUCAUGGAGACUCAGAUGGACUCACCACAGCUCAGGUGCAAAUUGGCAACGUAUCGAACCGGCUUGUCUAUCAUUCUCAUUUAAUAACCGCCUACUCGCUUAUACUAUGUAUCCGAGCAGCUUCGGAGUUUUGGACACAGAACGCGGCAAUAUACAGCAAGCAGCUGUGCCUCGGGGGGUUCGGGGUCGUUUGAACGCAGUCAAGUUUUGUCGAGACGGCAGAAUUCUGCUACAAGCAGAUGAUACUAUCGAGAUAUGGCGGCAUGGAGACAAGUGGGAACUGGACUGCACAUUUGAAUUACCGAUGAUUCCCACAAAUAUUGCAGUCUCUCCCAAUGAUAGGCUUAUUGCAUUAUCAGGAGACGGUUCAGCAAUACACGUGGUGGAUAGACAGGAAGGGAUGAUCAUGCAAACUUUAAGGGGCCACACAUCCGAGGCUUGUGAUUUAGCCUUCUCUUCGGACGGUCAAUUCCUUGUGUCGAGUGGAUCUGAUAUUACAAUCAGACUAUGGCUAAUUGCACCUGAGGAGUACGACAAAGUCCCAGUUGAGCGAUGUAAAGCAAUCGGAGGUGUGGCACUCUCCGCGGAUGGCUCCUUAUUCGUCACAGUAAGACCCCUGAGAACAAUUAAAACAUGGAAUGGAUAUACGGAAGAGCAUCAAAAAACAUUCAAAGCACCUAGAAUUAGUAUCCUUGAAUUCACCGUGACUAUUUCUCCAGACAACAAGCUGGUGGCAUGGGUAUCUCACGACGGGUGCGUCGCGGUAUGGGAUGCAGAGACGGGUCAGGUUAUUGCGACCCAAGGCAGAAGACUACGGUCUCGGAGACUUUGCACAUGCUGUUAUUUGCAAUUCUCUUCCACCAGCAAGCUACUGGGCUGGAUAGAAGACGUUGGUACUAUCCGUGUGUGGAGCAUACAGCCAUGCCGUCUUUUGAAAGAGUAUCAGGGGGGAGAUGGUACCAAGUAUACGGUUUCCACUAUUCGUCGAAAGAGACGAGAAAAAUUGUCACUUGUUCUCCAAGCCCUAGAGAAUGAGCUCAACAUGAGUAAGGAAGUAGGGUACAGUCCAGAGAAUUGCCUCUCCCAAGAUGAUGCCGCACAUACUCCAAGAAUUACCGUUGAAGAUGAUUGGGUGGUCUUGGGGGAGCAGAAAAGCAUCUGGUUGCCCCCGGAAUAUCGGCCUUGGAGGUUGAAUGGCGGCUGGGAUGCUCAGAGCAAUGUAGUUGUCAUUGGACUUGAAUCUGGCAGAUUUUACUCCAUUCGGUUCAACCCCCACGAGAUGUCAGCAGGGCAAUUGCAACGGGACGAUGCUGAGGAAGAUUAUGAUGCCGACAGUUCAAGUGGCUCAUUGUUUUGAGUAUUUUUAUCUUGAUGACGAUUUAGCCAGCGACAGUCUUUCUCCUGACUCGGGAUACUUGGCUGAUGGGGAAUGACG